AUGAACCUGAAAGUUAAGACUCUGAAGAAUGUGGAGGUGGAAGUGGAGGUCGCGGAGUCGGCGACGGUGGAGGAUCUCAUGAAAAGAGUGGAGGAACUGCUGCCAAAUAUGCAAGCCAACUCUCAAAAAUUAAUACACGCAGGCAAGAUACUAAAAAGGGAGCUCCUUCUGAGCGAUUACCCUGAUAUCAAGGAGGGAGAUAAGAUAAUAGUCAUUUCGUCCAAAAAGACUGAAUCUGCAAAACCAGCGGAGCCGAAGCUUGAUUCCACAAGCGCCGUCGCGACGCCCCCAAAGGUCGAAACUGCCACAGAAAACAGCCAAAAUUUGCCCAGAACAGCCACACCAAACGUUUCGCAGGAAUCUCACCAGAGUCCGUCCUCGAGGCUGGUCAUGGGCUCGGAACUCGACCAAAACAUAAAUCGAAUAUGCGAAAUGGGCUUCGACAGAGCCUCAGUCGAGAGAGCAAUGGCUGCAGCGUUUAACAACCCCGAAAGAGCAGUUGAAUUCCUAUCUACGGGUAACAUUCCAUCCGUCAAUUUAGAGAACCCGGGGACCCAGAACACACCAGCAGAACAAGCGGAAAAUGCCGGGGGAGAGGAUGUGUUUAGAAUGUUGCAGUCACAUCCGAUGUUCGAGCAGAUAAGACAGGCAGUCCAGUCAGAUCCACAGCUCCUACAGCAGAUACUGGAGAACAUAGGACAGACAAAUCCAGAGCUUUUACAGACGAUCAUACAGAGACAGGACGAGUUCAUGGAUCUUAUCAACAGCGGGGCAGAAGUAGAUCCAUAUUCAAACCCGGAGACCAACCCUAAUAUAGUAUCACUCACACAAGUGGAAAUGGAAAGCAUAGAAAGACUAGAAGGCUUAGGAUUUUCCAGGCCAGCAGUAAUAGAAGCAUACUUGGCGUGCGAUAAAAAUGAAGAACUGGCUGCAAACUACCUACUAGAAAACUCACACGACUUUACAGAUUAA